ACCUAAGCCACGCCCUCUGUGAUAGCAACGUUCAUGCUAGUUCGGUUCCGGGGGAAGAGACGAGCCACAAGCUCCGAGGUCUCCGCUCCGAGAGCAGCACGGUCCGUCCGCACACUCUUCGGUCAGUGAAGUCCAGAUGCAUGAGUCUGGGUCAGAACCAACGAGCUACACCAUUCCAGCCAACGGGAGUCACACUGAGAAUGAGAGUCGACUGAGCGGCGCCGGCGGCCAGACUCCUCCUCCUCAGGAUCUGUUGUCGUUGUCGAUGAUGACCCCACCAGCAGAGGCCCCGCAGCAGACUCCACCGCAGCCGGUCCCCAGUCCUCAGCAGCUCCAGGCCAUGCUGCAGCAGCAGAAAGCUCUCAUGUUACACCAGCAACAGAUUCAAGAGGCGUUCAAGAACCAGCAGGAGCAGCUGAACAUGCAGCUGCUGCAGCAGAAGAACGCCGGGAUCGUGAGCCAAGAGCUGACGGCUCAGCAGAUUGCCAUCCAGCAGCAACUCCUUCAGAUGCAGCAGCAACAUCUCCUAAACCUGCAGAGACAGGGCCUGUUGUCGGUCCUGCCCUCCGGCCACAGCACCGCUCCAGGCUCUGAGAGCGGAGGCAUCCUGUCUGCGGGCGCAGACACCAGAGACUGUUCCGGUCAUCAAUCCAGCACCAACGGUCAUCACGCUCUGCUGAGGAGGAGAGAAAGUGGGACAGUCGAUGAGAACGCGGCGAGCUCUCAUCCUCUGUAUGGGAACGGGAUGUGUAAAUGGCCCGGCUGUGAGACGGUGUUCGGGGACUUUCAGGCGUUUCUCAAACACUUGAACAGCGAACACACGCUGGACGACAAGAGCACGGCGCAGUGUCGUGUGCAGAUGCAGGUGGUUCAGCAGCUGGAACUGCAGCUGAAGAAGGACAGAGAGCGGCUGCAGGCCAUGAUGGCUCAUCUCAAGUCGUCCGAACCCAAACCCGCAGCUCAGCCUGGGAAUCUGGCCUCUAACGUGUCCUUCUCCCAGGCGACGUUGCCCAAAGCUCCUCCUCCCAUGAGCCUGUCUCAGAGCGCCACGGCGCCGUGCACGCCCCUGACGCCGCUCUCCGACUCCCCGUCGGUCCUCACUCCCAACGGCCUGUUCACCGGGACCCCGGUGCGGCGGCGGUACAGCCGCUCGGUGAGCCAAGGUACCGAUAUAAUUGAUAAUAAGGAGUUCUACUUGAGCACGGAAGUCCGACCUCCGUUCACAUACGCCUCUCUCAUUAGACAGGCGAUAUUCGAAUCACCUCGCAACCAGCUGACGCUAAACGAAAUCUACAACUGGUUCACGAGAAACUUUGCGUAUUUCAGACGCAACGCAGCGACUUGGAAGAAUGCAGUCAGACACAAUCUCAGUCUCCACAAAUGCUUUGUGCGUCUGGAGAACGUGAAGGGAGCCGUGUGGACGGUCGACGAGAUCGAGUUCCACAGACGACGGCCCCAGAAGACGGCCGGCAACGGAUCUCUGCUGAAGAACCGUCAGAGCUUCGCUGGUUCUGCUCAUCAGAGUGGGGGUCUGGACGGUAGCAGCUCUCUCUACAAGCUGGCGUCCAUCGGCAGCAUCCCGCUGCACUCGCUGCCUCACGUCCUGCAGGAGCAGAUGAACGGCGUCCUGGCCAACGGAUCCGGUUACCAUAGUGACAGCAGCGCCACGCAGUCGCCUCCGCAAGCUUUCGUCAAAGAGGAGCAGGAGGACGAGGAGAUCUGCGACAGUUAUCCGUACGAGUCUCCGGAGAGCACGGACGAACACGGCCACAGUCCGGACACCAACCCAGACGACGAGCGACACAACCUGCAGCUGGACCGGGUCCCCUCUCUCUGACCGAGGACCGGGUCCCCUCUGUCUGACCGAGGACCGGGUCCCCUCUCUCUGACCGAGGACCGGGUCCCAGGACCGGGUCCCCUCUGUCUGACCGAGGACCGGGUCCCCUCUCUCUGACCGAGGACAGGGUCCCCUCUCUCUGACCGAGGACCGGUUCCCAGGACCUGGUCCCCUCUGUCUGACCGAGGACAGGGUCCCCUCUCUCUGACCGAGGACCGGUUCCCAGGACCUGGUCCCCUCUCUCUGACCGAGGACCGGGUCCCCUCUGUCUGACCGAGGACCGGGUCCCAGGACCGGGUCCCCUCUCUCUGACCGAGGACCGGGUCCCAGGACCGGGUCCCCUCUGUCUGACCGAGGACAGGGUCCCCUCUCUCUGACCGAGGACCGGGUCCCAGGACCGGGUCCCCUCUCUCUGACCGAGGACAGGGUCCCCUCUCUCUGACCGAGGACCGGGUCCCCUCUGUCUGACCGAGGACAGGGUCUCCUCUCUCUGACCGAGGACCGGGUCCCCUCUGUCUGACCGAGGACCGGGUCCCCUCUGUCUGACCGAGGACAGGGUCUCCUCUCUCUGACCGAGGACCGGGUCCCAGGACCGGGUCCCCUCUCUCUGACCGAGGACCGGGUCCCAGGACCGGGUCCCCUCUGUCUGACCGAGGACAGGGUCCCCUCUCUCUGACCGAGGACCGGUUCCCAGGACCGGGUCCCCUCUCUCUGACCGAGGACCGGGUCCCCUCUGUCUGACCGAGGACAGGGUCCCCUCUCUCUGACCGAGGACCGGGUCCCAGGACCAGGUCCCCUCUGUCUGACUGAGGUCCGGUCUGACGUCGUCUGCAUCACAACAACAACACCACUCUGUUCCUGGGGACUUUUCUUUUUCUUUUCUUUUCUUCUCCGUGUAUAUUUUUUCUGGCUUUCUUAUUGUUUUCUUAAAUCUUUUCUGUACAGUAGAGUGAAAUCACUAGAAAACAAUUGUGCGACUGUCUGUUCACGCUUUUUUCGUACUAUACAUAUAUAUAUAUAUGUUUAUAUAUGUUUAUGUAUGUAUGUAUGUAUGUACUUGUACACACCCGGACCACGAAGAGCAGAGACGCCAAAGCAAAGGGAACAUGUGUAGUUAGCACUUCACCAGGAACAAACUCCUUCUCGCUACCUGAUUUUGUUUUAAUCAUAAUAUAUAUAUAUAUAUAUAUAUAUAUAUAUAUAUAUAUAUAUAUAUA